CUUCCUCACACCCGACUAUUCCAAGAUGGCAGCCAACAGCAGCAGUAGCACGGGUAGUAAAAGUGGUGGUGGUGGUAAACAGUCUGGCCCGUCGGCUGAGCAGGUGGUGGCCACCUUCCAAAGGAUGCGUCAGGAGCAGCGUAGCAUGGCCUCUAAAGCCGCAGAGUUCGAGAUGGAGAUCAACGAGCACAGUCUGGUGAUCGACACACUGAAGGACGUCGACCCGUCCAGAAAGUGCUUCAGGCUCAUGGGUGGUGUUCUUGUGGAGCGCACUGUCAAAGAGGUGCUUCCUGCACUGGAGAACAACAAAGAGCAGAUUGGCAAGCUCUUGGAAGUGCUCAACCAGCAGAUGCAGACCAAAGGGCGGGAGCUGACGGAAUACCGGGAGCGCUACAACAUCCGAUUGGUGGGUGAAGAGGAUAAGGGUAAACCGUCGGCUGGCUCAUCCAAUAAGGAGGCUGGAGAUGGGGGCAGUUCUAAACCCAGCACAGGGGUGCUGGUGUCGUAAUGGACUUGGAACACACAAAUGUGACCUCCUGGACACAUAACAGGAAGUGUAGCCAGAUGCUUGCCUGGCAAUGGCAAGGCGUGGUCUUGGAAAGCCAGGAUGUGCUGUGAUAUGUUAGUGGUGUUUGGGGUGGUUCAUCAUUGCAAGCAAUUGCUUUGCGUUGUUGCGUUUCCUCUUCUUAAAAAAAUACAAGUCAUACAACAUAGUAAAUAUGUUUUGUGUGUUUUUGUCUCACAUGGUUAUGGAAAUAUGAGGUGUUAUGCCUUUUUUGUUGUGAGCACUAAUUUUAACAAUGACAGAGGAAAUAAGCAUUUGCCACACGAUUACAAAACAUUUCACUGAAAAGCUCUUAACUUUGAUAAUCUGUCUUAAAAUUACACACAUUGGGCCAUGGGCUUAAUUUUUGUGUAUAGAAAAAGCCAUUGGUUGCACUGAUGGAGGAGAUACCCAAGAGAAACACAAUCACACCUGCUGACCUUUGACUGAUGUGAACACAGCCAGUAAUUGAUAUUACUUGCCAUGUAAUAACUAUUUCUGUGGAGAACACCAUUUUUUAUGUUUGCCUUUUGUUUUGUUUACAAAUAAAUAAAUAAAAUAAAAAAAA